CUUCCAAAUGUUUUCAUUCUCUCCCCCCUCAAUCCUUCCUUAUAUUUCAAGCAUCCAAUCCAUUUUCCGUUUUCCAUUUUCCAUUUUCCAUUUUCCAUUUUCCAAAUUUUUUCUAAUUCACUUUGCUUUCUCUCUACUCACGUACCUUCGACGCCUUAGGUUUUUGGCGGGAGCCCUGACCCCACCGGCAAUCAAAACCCCACCAACUUAUAUACUACCAUCCAUAUAUUUACCUUAACCUGUACCCACGGAAAAAGACAAAUUCUCUCUCCUUUAAAUCUGGAACUGACCUUGUCCUACUAAAGGUGCAGGAUAAGCUACGAUGAUCCUCCGUGCCACCAAACACCACACAUUCUCUCUCUUAUAUAACGAGUCCUUUGUCUUCUUUCUCUCUCUCGUCGGAGCUUGAAGGUCCAUCAAUGGAGUUCUAUGCCUUCGUUUGGGCUUUGAUGAUUCUAGGGUUUGGGAGCAGUGGAACGAAGCGUAGCUCCAUGGCGCUCACGCCGGAUGGGCUCACGUUGCUGACGUUCAAAGCGGCGGUGAGCUCCGACCCGGCCAAUGCCUUGGUGACGUGGAACGAGGAUGAUGAGGAUCCUUGCCGAUGGCCGGGAGUUUCGUGCGCUAACAUUAGUGGGAAUCCUCGUGUCGUUGGCGUCGCCGUCUCCGGCAAGAACCUCUCCGGCUAUAUCCCGUCGGAGCUCGGCUCUCUCCUCUAUCUCCGCCGCCUUAAUCUUCAUGGAAAUCGCCUCUCAGGUCACAUUCCGUCCGAGCUCUUCAAUGCUACUUCCCUUCAUUCGCUCUUCUUGUAUGAUAACAACCUCUCCGGCUCCAUCCCUCCGUCUCUCUGCGAUCUCCCCCGGCUCCAAAACCUCGAUCUAUCCAAGAAUUCCAUCUCCGGCACGAUCCCACUUGAUCUCCGUCACUGCCGGCAGCUCCAGCGGUUGUUACUCGCUCGAAACCGUAUUUACGGUGAGAUCCCUGCCGGGAUCUGGCCGGAGAUGGAGAGUCUCUCUCAGCUUGACCUCUCUUCCAAUCAAUUCAACGGAUCGAUCCCGACGGACCUUGGCGAACUCGGAUCCCUCGUCGGCACACUCAACCUCUCCCACAAUCACUUCUCCGGUGAGAUCCCGACUUCUCUCGGCCGCCUCCCGCCGGACGUCAGCCUCGACCUCCGGUUCAACAACCUCUCCGGCGAGAUCCCGCAGACUGGAUCUCUCGUCAACCAAGGUCCCACUGCUUUUCUCAACAACCCACUCCUCUGCGGAUUCCCACUCCAAAACCCCUGUCAGAACAACGUGGCCCCAGCACCACCUGGGGGACAGAUUCCAUCUCCGACAACGGGUACCCCACCGGAGAAACACGGGCUCCGUCCAGGUCUCAUCAUCCUGAUCUCCAUCGCCGAUGCAGUCGGCGUAGCCCUAAUCGGGCUGAUCGCUGUCUACGUGUACUGGAAGGUGAAGGACCAGGGCAACGGCUGCAGCUGCACCGGCCGGAGCAAGCUAGGUGGCGAUGGCAACAGUGCGAUCUGUGGAUGCUGGCGGGCUGGGAUUGGUUCAGAUGAAGGGGAAUCGGAUAAGGGAGAUGGAGGAGGAGGAGGAGGAGGUGGAGAAGGAGAACUGGUAGCUAUAGACAAAGGAUUCUCAUUCGAAUUGGAUGAGCUAUUGAGGGCAUCAGCGUACGUGCUGGGGAAGAGUGGGUUGGGAAUUGUAUACAAGGUGGUGCUGGGCAACGGCAUUCCAGUGGCGGUGAGGAGGUUGGGGGAGGGUGGGGCGCAGAGAUACAAGGAGUUCUCGGCGGAGGCGCAGGCAAUUGGAAGAGUGAAGCACCCGAACAUAGUGCGGCUCAGAGCGUACUAUUGGGCGCAGGAUGAGAAGCUUCUCAUCACUGACUUCAUUUCCAAUGGGAAUUUGGCUACUGCUCUUCGAGGAAGGGCAGGGCAAGGAAGUAUAACAUGGAACGCAAGGCUAAAGAUAAUAAAAGGAACAGGUCGAGGUUUAUCUCAUCUCCACGAAUGCAAUCCCCGGAAGUUCGUCCAUGGCGACAUCAAACCAUCCAACAUCCUCCUCGACGCCGACUACAAUCCCUACAUCUCUGACUUCGGUCUCAUCCGCCUCAUCUCCAUCGCCGGCAACGAAGCCCCCUCCUCCUCCUCCUCCGGUACCCCCGGUGGCUUCAUCGGCGCCGCUCUCCCCAUCUCCAAAUCCGCCCCUCUCGAUCGCCCUAACCCUUACCGUGCGCCGGAAUCUAGGUUUCCCACCGCGCGCCCGUCCCAGAAGUCCGAUGUCUACUCUUUUGGGCUUAUCCUCUUUGAGAUGCUCACCGGGAAGCCGCCGGAAUUCUCGUCCCCGGCGACGCCGUCGACUUCGACGGCGGGGAGUGAUGGGGUGCCGGAGCUUGUUAGAUGGGUGAGGAGAUGCUUCGAUGAGGCGAAGCCAUUGUCGGAGAUUCUGGAUCCGGUGUUGGUUAGAGAGGUGCAGGCGAAGAAGGAGGUGCUGGGGGUUUUCCACGUGGCGAUCUCGUGCACGGAUUCGGAUCCCGAGGCACGGCCGAGAAUGAAGGCGGUGUCUGAGACUCUUGAUAGGAUUGGUGGUACAUGAUCAGAUCGAGCAUUACAUAGUGUUAAUUGAGAUGAUGAAAAUGAUGAAGAUAGCGAUGGUAUAUGAAGAUUGAAGAGGGUCUUUGUUUUUUUAAUGAUUAUUGUUCUUAUUUUUAUUUUAUUUUAUUUUCUUUAUUAUUUUUUUUUUUAGGAUUAUGAAUGAAUAUUACAUAUAGUCUCAAUUAUCAAGAAUAUAUAUAUAUAUAUAAGGACCAGUCUAUUAAAAAUGUUA